GUGGCACCGACAAAACAACUUAAACUUACCAAUCCGGUGCGUGCAACCAAAAAAGACCGCCAGCCGCAAAUCCAAGAUAGCGACGGUGCUGAUGCGCAAUCACCCAUAUCAGAGGGGACUCCGGACUCAGAUUCCACCCUCCCUUCCCAAGAGGAAACCCCACUCGCAGAAAGAAGCCUUUGCACUAUGCUGCAAGAACUACGAGCCACAUGGCAAGCGGACUUUAAACAACUGUCUGCCGAUCUGCGCAAAUACAUAGCUGAGUUAGGCAGGAGGACGAGCAACCUAGAAAACAAAACGGAAGAGUUUUGUGAGGCACAUAAUGAAGUAGUCGAGAGGCUGCAGAAUAUAGAAGACGACCAUGCGGCUUAA